AUGGAGGAAACCGUGAGUCGCGAGCUCGACCGUCUUGAGGAGUUGAAUGUCACCACUCCUGUAACUACUGCCGAAUGGGCAGCUCCAGUGGUCGUCGUGCGCAAAGCCAACGGAUUUGUUCGCGUUUCAGUGUUCUUGGAUGACAUCAUCAUCGGAGGUCCAUCCGAGGCGGAGCACGACGCAGCCGUAGUACAAGUUUUGAAUCGGAUCCAGAACUACGGGUUCACACUGCGAGUGGAAAAAUGCCACUUCAGGGUUAACCAAAUUAAAUAUUUGGGCCACAUUAUCGACAGCCAUGGAUUACGGCCUGAUGCGCAGAAGGUUGAAGCUAUUCGCAAGUUGCCGGAGCCAAUAAAUUUAACCGAAUAUCAGGCGCACAUUUCGACUGAUUCAAAUCCUGGCCGACCUACGAUUGAUGGUGCCUACUUGUGCAACGUGUGCGUACUGCGUACGGCGGCCGAUGCCAAGCAGGUCAAUGAGCAACUCGCGUUAGAAAAGAAGGUGGCCAUACUGUCCAAGAGCUUCAUGGGACUCGAGGUGGCUGCCUAUUGCGUGAACUGUCUUCUGGCGAUUAUCACACUGAAUAUGAAAGAAGCGGCUUGUAACGUGAAGCACGUAGUAAAGAUCGAUAUGUACCAUGUUCUGUUGAUCCUGAUCGUGAACCGAUGUGCGAAGAGUGAUAUGUAG